AUGGGGAAGGGCGUGCAGGGUGAGUUUGUGCCCAGACUAAAGCCAAGGCUCCGUGUUUCAGAGUCCCGCCGUCGGACCAUCUACGAAUAUCAUCGCGUGGAGCUGGAUACCAGCAAGAUCACCAACAUGUCAGCCGUGGAGUUCACCCCGCUGCCCACUUGUCUCCAGCAUCAGAGCUGUGAAAUGUGUGUGACCUCGGAGCUGACCUUCAACUGCAGCUGGUGUCAUGUCCUGCAGAGAUGUUCCAGCGGCUUUGACCGAUACCGCGAGGAGUGGCUGUCCUACGGCUGUGGCCAGUCAGAUGAGAAGACCUGCGAGGAUUUAGCAGAAGGCGACCACUAUUCAGCACCUCCUGACAGCUCUUUCCCACCGCUGGACGAGGAUGUCGUCACCUCCACGUCCUCGCUCUUCAUCGACAGCCUCACCACAGAAGACGAUACGAAGCUCAAUCAGUACGCAGGAAGUGAAGGUGUGGGAAGCAGCCUUCCUUCCAAGAAAGCAGGCGCCCCGAUUCACACAGGUACUAUCGUGGGGAUCGUUCUGGCUGUGCUGCUCAUUGCAGCUAUUAUCCUUGCUGGAAUUUACAUCAACAGCCACCCCACCUCCAACGCCGCCCUGUUCUUCAUUGAGCGAAGGCCACAUCGCUGGCCUGCCAUGAAAUUCCGAAAUCACACCAACCAUGCCACGUACUCGGAGGUGGAGCCGGCCAGCCAGGAGAAGGAGGGCUUUGUCGAAGCAGAACAGUGCUGA